AUGUUAGCAGUCAAUGAGGAAUUUAAUGAAGAAAAUUCAAUAAUAGAAUCAACGACUAUAAAAACAAUAAGAAAUUUAAAGAGCAGAAAAUCAUAUACGAAUGUAUUAAGUAGCAGAGAUGAUUAUCCUAAUUCUAACGAUAAUACAAAUAUUCCUCCUCAAACGCCAACGCAAAAUGAGGAAGAUUCUAACUAUAAAACUGAUGAAACUUCUGCAAGGCACAAAAAAGCGACAAGCAUGCCAAAUUCAGUUAUUAAAAAUCCUAUGAGGAAAGCAACCAAACUGAAAAUUCAGAAAUUAAGAAGCGAUAUAUAAUUGCCUAGUGAAUAAAACUAACAAAAUGAAGGAAAUUUGGAUGCUUAUGGAUCUAUGACUGACAACUUAAAUCCCAUUUAUUAUGGUGAAAAUACAAUAACAAAUUAAAGUGGAAAAAAUAAUAGUAAACAAGGAAACGGAAUGAGUAGCUCGCUUUCAAAAAGCUAUAAUAGGUAAUCUAGCUUAUCAAAUCAUGUUUAAGAAGAAAUAAAAGUAUAAAAAGAAUAUGUAACUAUAGAUAUGGAAUAUGCUAUAUAAUUUGUUCUAACAAAAAGCAAGGCUCUUAAAGAUAAAAUAGAAGGAGAAGGUAUAAUGCAAGCUUUUAUAAAUUAGCAUAUAGUAAAGAAUAAAUUUUUUUAGAUAAGCUAUAACUCAUUUUUGCAAAAUCUAAUAAACCAUAAAGUAUUAAACCCAGAUUUUAAAAAUGUAAGCAAAAAAAUGUUUGAAAAAUUAGAAAAAUUUUUCUUUGAUAGACUUCAAAAAUGCUAAGAUACUGUUAGCAUUUAAUAAAAUUAUGUAAAAAAAUCAAAAUCUGUAUAUAGUGCAAUAGAAAAAAGAAUAUAAGAGUUAAAAAAAGAUUUAGCAGAUAAAAAUAAAAUAGAACUUUGA